AUGAAAUGCUGUUGAAAUUGUAUCAUUGCAACAUGCAGACAAAAUGCGGAGUAUCUUUGAUGCAGAAAAUUCUCAGCGUGCUUCUGCUGAUUCUUUGUUCUGCAUGGCUUGUUCGGGCACAGGCCCAGCCGUUGAAGGUGGCGUUCUGUGACGGAGAUAGGGCACCUUAUGUUCUUAGAAACGAGACGGGAGGGCUGACGGGGCUGGAUGUCGAAUACUGGAGCGCUCUACUAGAGAACAUGAGGAGACUGGCUGGAGUCUCAAACGUUUCUGAGGACCUUAGGAAUGUUCUCCGUCAACCCCCUGUUGUUACUGUCAUGCCACAGAAAGCUCUUUUACAACAGCUGAAACAACAACUCUAUGACAUUGCUUUUUGUGCUAUACAAGUAGAUUUGGACCUCAGCAAUUUUGUAGAUUUCAGUCUUCCAUAUGCGACCGCAGGGUACCAAGGGGUCGUUAUUAAGCAAGACUCUCCCAUUGACGGAAUGACCGUGCUGCAACAGGCAUUUGGAACAUCAAACGCGUGGGCUCUAUUUUCGUUGCUUUUAUUAGUUAUUCUUUCAAUCAUCUUUGCCCAUUUGAUUUGGAUUGUUGAGAGAAAGGACAAUCCAAAUAUAAACAAAUAUUAUGGACCUGGCGUAUUUGACUCAUGGUGGCUAGGGAUAGUAACAGCCAUGACUGUUGGAUAUGGCGAUAAAGUUCCAGUAACUGUGCAGGGAAAAAUUUUGACCAUCGCUUGGAUGUUUGCUGGGACAUACUGUGUCGGAAUGUUCGGAGCAGCAGUCACUUCGACUUUCGUCAA